AUGCAUGAACAGCUAGAAACUGGUUUAAGAGACUUCACACUGAAAAGUUCAGAUCAGUUUUCCAGAUUGCAUGAACGAGACAACAACGUUGUAAACAUCAAACUGAAUUACAAGAUGCAUAUUUCUUUAGAAAACUUCAUGGAGUUGUUUUUGCAACAUUCUUCAAUAUUCAUUCUUCUGUUUGCAACAACAUGCAUACUCCUGCUUUAUCAACGACUGCAAGAGAACACUGGUCUUCCUCCGGGUCCAUUCUCUUGGCCAAUUAUUGGUAAUCUCCAUUUGCUCGGCAGCAAACCUCAUGAACGACUUACAGAGUUGGCCAAGACUUUUGGUGAUGUGUAUAGAUUACAGUUAGGAUCUCGCCGUGUUAUUGUCUUGAACUCUCUGGACUGUGUUAAGGAAGCAUUGGUAAAAAAAUCUAGUGACUUUUCGAACCGUCCACCUUUGAACACUUUACGAGCCUUUGACAUGGAUGGACGAAGCAUCGCAUUCGGACCUUAUAGCCAAAGGUACGAAAGAAAUCGACGAUUGGCUCUUCUAGCACUACACAGCUAUAUGUUAAAACAUGAACAAUUAUCCUCUCAUACUAAGGAAUGCGUAAAAUGUCUUUGCGAGCAAUUUCAAAAACACAAUCAACACUUCGAUCCAGCGUUCGAUGUCGCGCAGGGAAUAGCCGAACUAAACAUGAUUAAUAUCUUCGGAGUUGAAUCAGUGAACGAGAAACGUACCGAAGAACUACGUCUAUUAUUGAAAUCGUCAAGUGAAUUUAUCAAAAACAAUAAUAUCAAUAACCUUGCUGAUUUUCUGCCGUGGUUCACUCCAUUUCUUCAACAUAGUUUUGAUGACCUGGCAGGACUUAUACAAAAACUUGCCGAUUUUGUCAAAGCGAUCUACCUUGAAAAGAAGAAAAAUUACAUCAAUGACAAUGUCGUCGAAGUUCGCUGUGUCAGUGAUGCUUUGGCUCGAUGCUUUGAAAGUGGAACCAAUGAAAGGUUAGUUGCCCUCGGUGAAGAGCUUGACUUGAAUGAAGAUACAAUAGUUUCUUUAUUGACUGACAUCUUUGGUGCAAGUGUUGAAACAACUACUGCAACGAUGCUAUGGGCGAUUUACUGUCUCGCUUGCCACCCAAACAUUCAAGAUCGCCUGUACCAGGAACUAAAGGAUGUUGUUGGACUGAACUGCAUAAGCGUGAACGAUAAAAAUCGCUUGCCGUUCUUAGAGGCAACUGUUUUAGAAACUCUACGAUAUAGCACAGUUCUUCCUCUAGCUAUACCACAUUAUGCAGAACGCGAGACAACUGUCGGACCUUACAGAAUCCCUGAAGACACUAUCGUUUUCGUGAACUUAUGGGCUGUUAACCACGAUGAAAGAGUUUUCAAAGAUGCUUUCAAAUUUGAUCCUGGUCGUUUUAUCGAUGAAAAUGGUGAAGUAAACAGAGCUCGUUUUUCUUCUAUACCAUUCUCAACUGGCACUCGUAAAUGUCUUGGUCACUUGCUUGCUCAACUGCAGUUGUUCUUACUUCUUGGUGGUAUUGUACACAAAUAUAGAAUUGAACUGUCGGGUUGUCCAAGUCUUGCACCUGAAUUUGGUUUUAUUCUUCGACCACAACCUUUCAAAAUUAAUGUGUAUCCAAGACAGUAG